CUCCACUCUCUGCCUUUCCACCACCACCACGCACGCACGCACCAAAUGCCCCUCCUCGCCUCGCGUCGUUCGCACUACGCUCUCUCUCCAUCUUCCCACUCCUCUUCUUCUCUCACUCAGCUCAUCCAAUCCGCCAUCCGCGCCUCUCCCUCCGCCUUCAACUCGCAAUCCUCGCGCGCCCUGCUACUCUUCGGCGCCGCACACACGCAUUAUUGGCGCGAGUUGAUUCCAAGUGUGUUGCGGCGGGCGUGGGGAGAAGAAGCGGCACAGAAGGUAGACGAGAGAUUGGCAGGCUUUGCAAAGGCCCAGGGAACGGUGCUGUUCUUUGAAGACGCGGCGGUGGUGCAGGCGAUGAAGCUCAAGAGUCCGGCAUAUGCAGCCGGCUUUGAUCCUUGGUCCCUGCACUCGGCCGGCAUGGCGCAACUCGCCGUCUGGCUUGCCAUUACAGAGCAGGGCCUCGGCGCCAAUCUGCAGCACUAUGCGCAGCUGGCCGGCGGCGAAGAGGGAGAGGUGCAACGACACUUUGGACUGCCGCAGACGUGGAAAUGCAUGGCGGAACUGGUGUUUGGCGCCAUCGAUCCGGAAACGGCGCCGAAGGAAAAGACGUUCAUUCCCGACGAGGAGAGAUUCAGAGUGUACGGCGCUUAAGCCCCC